ACCAGGAAGCAUAAACAGAGACAGAUAGAGUUGGGCUGUGUAUAUGUCUCUGUGUUUUUCAAUGUUAAAUAUACAAAAUAAGUUCCAGUGAUUCCAGUAUGAAUAGCAUCAGGAUGAAGUGAUGGAAAUUGGAUGUAUAGUUGGGAUGGGCUGAUUCUAUCCUGUCUGAUUUGCAAAUGUGGCUCAACCUAGAGCUUGAUUUCUCAUAUUUUAACCAUCCCUGUCUAGGUUUCUGAAUUUGCUGUUGUGCAUUAACCUGACUCUAUGCCCAUGAGUGUGACAAACCAGUCCAGUGUCUCUAAGUUCCUCCUCCUGGGGCUCUCCAGGCACGCCCAGGAGCAGCAAGUCCUCUUCAUGCUCUUCCUGAGCAUGUACCUAGCCACAGUUCUGGGAAAUCUGCUCAUCAUUCUGACCAGCAUCACAGACUCCCACCUGCAAACCCCCAUGUACUUCUUCCUCAGGAACUUGUCCUUUGUGGACAUCUGCUUCACCUCCACCACAGUCCCUGAGAUGUUGGCCAAGUACAUCCUCAGGAGACAGACCAUCUCCUUCCCUGGGUGUCUCACACAGAUAUAUUUUCUCAUUCUGUUUGCAGACAUGGACAAUUUUCUCCUGACUGUGAUGACCUAUAAUUGCUUUGUCGCUGUGUGCCACUUCUUACACUACAGAACAAAGAUGAUCCAUCAGCUCUGUGUCCUACUGGUUGCUGGGUCAUGGGUCAUUGUCAAUCUGAAUGCUCUGUUGCAUAUCCUCCUGAUGGCUCAACUCUCAUUCUAUGCAGACACCAUCCUCCACUUUUUCUGUGAUAUGUCUCCUCUCCUGAAACUCUCCUGCUCUGACACACAGCUCAAUGACAUGAUGAUUCUUACUGCAGCAGGGCCGAUAAUAAUUGCUCCAUUCAUUUGCAUACUCAUCUCAUACAUCCUUAUUACUUAUGCUGCCCUGAAAGUCCCAUCCACAAAGGGAGAAUGGAAAGCCUUCUCCACCUGUGCCUCACACCUUGCUAUGGUUUCUCUCUUCUAUGGCACCAUCAUUGCUCUGUAUUUCAACCCUUCAUCCUCCCACUCAGCUGAGACAGACACCGCAGCUACUGUGAUAUACACAGUGGUGACCCCCAUGUUGAAUCCUUUCAUCUACAGCCUCAGGAACUAGGAUAUGAAACGGGUCUACGAAAAAUGAUUGCCAUAAAUUUUUUUUCUGUUCAAUAUUGACACAGACUCUGAAUAUCAUAGAGGGGACUAAUCCAAACCCACUGCUGUCGAGUCAAUUCUGACUCAUAGCAA